AUGCCGAGCCCUUUAUUCCACCCCGAGAUUAUGGACCACGACGUGGUGAUCAGCAGCCAGCACAACGGGGUCGGUCUGCCCCGGGAUUCAGACCAGGAGUCGCGGGAAGAGGACCACCAAGAGGCGCUCCGCUUCGCCCUGGACCAGCUGUCACUCAUGGCCCUGGAGAAGGUGGACUGUGGGGGCGGCGGAGGCGGCGGGCUGGUCGACAGCCUGGAUGGGAACCAGGGUCCCGGCUCCGAAGGCUGCAACGGUGUCGGCGGAGGUGGCUACGUGGAUCUACAGAUGCUGGAGCAUCCCAACGGGUCCCGGGACUCGCCCACGUCCUGCUCUCCAUCCCCGGAGUACUACGGCUCGGGCGGGUACCACAUGGCCGGCUCGCACCCCAUGCUCCACGGGGAACAAAGCUCCGUCCUCUGCAACAGGAAGAGAAGUGUCAACAUGACUGAAUGUGUGCCGGUGCCCAGCUCCGAACAUGUGGCCGAGAUCGUGGGGAGACAAGGUUGUAAGAUCAAGGCCUUGCGUGCCAAAACUAAUACCUACAUAAAGACUCCGGUCAGAGGCGAGGAGCCGGUGUUCAUCGUGACGGGACGCAGGGAGGAUGUGGAGAUGGCCAAACGAGAGAUAGUCUCCGCGGCGGAGCAUUUCUCCAUGAUCAGGGCCUCCCGCUGCAAAGCUGGAGCUCCUGGAGGAGGAGGUGGAGGAGGAGGAGGCGGCAGCAGCGGUGGCUCUCUGCCCGGACCACCACACCUACCUGGACAGACCACCAUACAGGUCAGGGUGCCCUACAGAGUAGUCGGAUUAGUUGUCGGACCAAAGGGAGCAACUAUCAAGCGCAUCCAGCAGCAGACUCACACCUACAUCGUGACACCCAGUCGAGAGAAGGACCCGGUGUUCGAGGUGACCGGCAUGCCGGAGAACGUUGACCGGGCGAGAGAGGAGAUCGAGACCCACAUCACCCUGCGGACUGGAACCUUUGUGGACCUGCAGGGAGACAAUGACUUCCACUCCAACGGCACUGAUGUCAGUCUAGAAGGUCUGGGUGCCCUGAGUGGGGGGCUGGGGGCGUCUCUGUGGUCCAGGGCUACCGGCCACCACUCUGCACCCCCUCCACCUCCUCCAGCCUCCCCUCCUCCUGCUAUUCCCAUGUCCAUGCACCACUCCUCCGGCCGGAAGAUGUCCUCCUCGGUCGCCUAUCACACGCACAACGGCGGCAUGAGCUCAGAAACCUUCAGCGCCACCCGCAAGGCCAACGAUGGCGGCAGCCCCACCAGCCCUUUUAGCACAAGCUCCAGCAGUGCUGGAGGAGGAUUCUCUUUUGGGGGCGACUCCACCCCAGGGCUGCCCUCUUCAGAGGAGCUGGGCUUUGAGUUCAGCGCCUCCAACAUCUGGGCACCUUUCGUUAACGGUGGGGCAGGCAAUAAGGCGGCUGGCUCCUCCCAGCAGCAGCUACGUCGCAACAGCAGCGGCCUCAGCGGCGGUGCCAUCACUCCACGAUUGUCUCCAACUCUGCCUCAGGACACGGGCGUGGGCCCCAUGGAUCACCCGUUAGCCCGUCGUGCCCAGAGCGACCCCCUGAGCACUCUCUCCUGGCUGCAGUCCGGCAGCGCAGGAGGGGGCUCCUUCUCCGGAGCGUCCAGCUCCAGCUCCGGCGGCUCGUCUACCGGCUACUCCUCCUGCUCGGCCUCCUCCCUGCCCGGCGGCUCACCCACUGACUCCGAAGGAGGCGGCAGCGGCGUGGGCCUCAGCUCCGGGAUGCUGAGCCGACUGAAAGGCAGCACCGGCCCCGGGGUCGCGGGUCUGGUCGGCGUCAGCCCCGGGAUCAACAGGGACUGCUUUGUGUGUUACGAGAGCGAGGUGACAGCAGCCCUGGUGCCUUGUGGCCACAACCUGUUCUGCAUGGAGUGCGCCGGGCAAAUCUGCCAGUCCGCCGAGCCAGAGUGCCCCGUCUGCCACACCCCCACCACACAGUGCAUCCGCAUCUUCUCCUAAUGCUCUGGCCGGGGUUUGGGCGCGGGGGUGGGGUGAAUAUGAGGGCGGCAGGAAGAGGACUGAGUGGGGCACCAGCUGUGGCGGAGAUGAUGGAAGGAUACACACUAAUAACCUUCACACACACAUGAUGGACCAUAAUAAAUGCAUUAAUAGAGAUGAUGAUACUAUACGGAUGUUGAUUUAUUGCUGAUAACUGUCAAGAUGAAUAAUAACAAUAAUAAUAAUAAUAAUGACUUAUUUUCAGAGUGAAGUUAAUUGAAACUGGUCUGCAGACCUUUGGGGCUCAGACAGUCUCUCGGUGGUGAACUUAUGGAAGGAAACUAGUGUCUUAUCUCUCUUCAGGCCUUCAUUUUGAGCCGGAGCAGGCUGCACUGCUGGCCUGCCGGUCUGUCUCGACAUGUCUUCAUUCUGGCUUCUUCAGAUCUCUGCCUGCUUUCUCUCUCACAGCCUUUCCUUUUGACACUUUUGUACUUAACAGAUAUUUUUCGAUGAAGCUGUCAAUGAGGCCUGCACUUUUCUACUCCUUAUUUUAAUGUUCUUGACAGAACUGUUCCAACGAACCCCCACCCCCUCGCUCGCUCUCUCUCUCUCUCUGCUCUCACUCAUGCUGUUGUUUGUGACACGACGGGGCGGGGUUGCUAUUUUUCUGUAAGCGUGGAACUUUUUUAAAGGUCGGCAUGUAGUCAGGCACCAAGCGGAAACAACACACCCGAGGGACCUCUGAAGGAUGAAUUCCUGUUUCUUGUUGCCACACACAAAAAAAAAAAUUAGCCAUCCGUGAUGCCAAAUGAACGCUAUUAAUAGACGUCUCUUGAUUCUCGAUCAAAUUCAGUAACGUGUCGGAUGAAUUCUGAUGAGUCUGCCCCACGUUUCCAAUGUGGCGUCUGCAUCGAUUCACAUGAAUUAUCCUGUAUUGAGGAAAUGUGUCUGAGGUCAGUUUCUGUAUGUUUGGGCAGCCUGACAAUCCCUUUACAUCUCUCUCUUUCUGUGUGCGAGUGUGUGUGUGUGUGUGUGUGUGUGUGUGAGAUCAAUGCCCACUCAUGCUGUUUAUUACAUCAGCAUGAGCAUGAGAAGGUUUCCUGUCCUGCCUCCCCUCCCCUCCUCUUCACUUCACUCACAGUCUUGCGGGAUAGUGAUACUCUGAUCCAUCCACACCGGGACAUUUUCCCCCCCUCACUCUCUCUCGUCUGUUACACUUAGAUCGGCUCAUUGAGCAUUUUUCUUACUAGUCUUCUUUUUUUUUUUUUUUUGACUCUCGACUGUCAAACUCUAGGAGGAGAUAGGGCUUUUCUGACGCCACACGUGAAUGUUUUUUUGUCCAAUAAAAGGUUCAGGAGAAACGUCUGCUCCUCCCACAAGAAACAAUAACAAGGGGCUCAACUCGCGGCCCCUCUAAAAAGGAAGGGGGGGAAAAAAAAAAAGAAACACCUCGUACUGUUUUUGUUUUUGGUAGUUUCGGUCUUCCACCCCACUCUCGCAGCAAAGCUGUAUGGCACUCUGUGAUGACACACCGUCACACCCAUACACUGCUGGCUAAAUGUAGUGCACUAAAUGGUUAGUCGUUUUGAGAUUUGUCCUAUGUUUCCUAGCAUUACUGAGUGACUCCCGACGAGGCGGUUGCAUCCUGUUUUGUGUUUGUGUUGUUUUUUUAAAAAUUCAGUGUGAGUUUGCAGUAACUGCCUCCAAUAGUGUUAAUGCUGUUCGUAUGAUUUUUGGGCGACGUCUGCGCGAUUAGCGGCCCCUUUCGAACAUACAUGGAAUCAGCUCAUAGAAUGAGACAAGCCAUGACGACAGGAGUUUAAACGACACAGCUAAUUCUCAAAGGGCUUCCUCUCUUGACUGCACAGACACACGAUCACAUUUUUCAGGCUCACAAAAAAAAAAAGUAGAGUAGGUAGAAGUCAACUUAUCCUUUUUAUGGCAGCUAGUAGCUAGGUCAUCCAGGGCUUCCAGACACUCGUUGUGUUCAAAUCCCAGCAGCUGCAGAAUGUUUUGCUUGUGUUUAUUAACGGUUCUUUUCUAAUUGUCCCCCACACAGCCAUCACAUGUGGAUCCUGUUCGUUGGGGCGUUGCAGUCGCAGUGUUUCCUCCCCAGGUAGUCGCAGUUUUGAUAUCGAGGGGUAAAGAGGAAAAAAAAAAAAGGGUAACUCUACUUGAGUCAACGGGCAGUUGCUGCUGUGCUUUGGUGCUCCAGCCAGUUUCAUGUUAUUUGCUGUCUGACUGUUGGUUUGUUACUGAGGUGUUGAGGGCAGUAGCUCCACAGAGGAAUCCAAUAAGUUGCUGUCCUGGUUGAGCGCAGCAGUGCACUAAUUCAUGUGUCCACACGUGUAGGAAGAACCUGUCCAGGAGCAAAAGAGGUAGUCUGUGCGAGGACUAUCCCAUGGUGCUUUGGUGCAUCUCCCUACUGAAACACGGUGAUGAACAGUCGGCAGUGUGGAGGCCUCGUUCAGUUCUCCACCCUGUUCUCAUCGUGGUUGAAACGGGCGUCCCGUCCUCCUCCCAGUCGGGACCCGAUGUUGUCAAACGUCGACGCAUAUUUUAUUUUGUUUCCGUCUCGUGCAACACUCCGAGCAGACGCAGGGCUGCGCGUGUGUCUGAAUGAACAGAUCAGCCGUGACUGUUGUGUGAGCCUGUUGAGGCCGGUCGUUGAAGCCCUUCUUUAAACUGUCCCAAGUCGACGUGUUCGAGGAAUUAAAAAAAACAAACGUAUUGUUGUUCGCCGGAUGAGUCUGAUGUAAAUCCUCGGGAUGUUGCACCGGGAUGUUUUCUGGCCAAUGAGAGAAUGUUAGGGUCUAAUGUACAGUAGUUUAAUUGUUUAAAAAAAGAAAAAAAGGAAAAAAAAGGUACAAAUUUUUUCAGAUCGACUGCUGAUUUUUAUUUUUUUUAGCUGAACGUGUCCCCCUCCCCCAUUUCCUUCCUUAAGGUUUGAAAACAGGGUUUCCUGAGGCAUGCUAGCCAGUGACCUCUGACCUUUUUUGUGAUUAGAGGGGGGGGUGGGUGCGAAGAGAGCCACGCCAGUAAGGGGUGACAGACACCCCUCAAGCCUCCGCUCUCCUAUUUUUUGCUUUAAUUCUCUUUGUAUGCAGAACCAAAAUGUAAAAUGUCAGCAAACGAGGCUUCGGGCCUGACCUGUGUGUGUGUGUAUAUACCCUGAAUACAAUCAUUGGGAUCUUGUUUUCAAAAGCAAAAUGACUUAAUUGAAGAUAAGUGUAGUUUCUAAAGAACAUGUAUCAUUAUUUGUAAGUUAACCAUCUGCAUGUCUUCAAGCCACCUGGCAUUAGCUAAUAAUUUUUAAGAUAAAAAAAAAAAACUUUUUACACAUUUUAUUUUUUACAAUUUAUUUGCUUACCUAAAUAUCCCAGACAAUAAUGUGACCCUUUUUAUUACUUCAAAUUUAUUUUUAUUUUCCAUUUUUUUUAUUAUUAUUUUCCUUAUUUCCUGUGUACUACAUAUAGGCAAUUUAUAACAAAAUGAGAAAAUUAUUGAAGAAAUUUUAAAAUUGAAAUAUAUUUUAUUUGAAAGUUUAUGGACCUUUUAACCGUGAGCCGGGAGAAUUGUAUAAUCAUAUGAUUUGAGCUGACUUGACGGUUAUGAGAAAUGUAUCAAGAGUUUUAUUUUUUAUGCUUCUUUAAUAAAGUCUUGUUUUUGGUUUCA